CACAUGGGUGACUUGUUUUUAAAUGUUGUUACAAAUACUUUACAUCAAAAAAGCGCCCAAACAGUUACAAUAAAUUCUCAAAUUCCAUAAAGGAGAGAAUCAGGAAGGGCAGUGCGUUUGUGGUUUCUUAAUUAUAUCAGUUAACGCGGCGUAAGAAACGCACUUUCAUGUGCCAUACGCUACAUCUCUCUCCCUAUAAAAUUUCCCUCCAUUUUCGCCAGAAUCUCUUUCUAUUUCGCACAAUCGAAGGCACGAAUUCAGUGAAUUCCGAUCCAUUGCAUUUUGAUCUCACCAUGGGGAACUGCUUGAGGAACAACAGAGUGAUGGCGCAGGAUGAGGCUUGUUCGCCUUCGCCUAAUUCGUCUUUGACAGAAACUAAUUACAAAGUGGAAGAUAAACCAGCCGCCGGAUCGGCGCUGGCGCGGCCGAAGACGGAGGAGGCGAGAAUCGCCGCGCGACGUAAGAAGGUUGUGAGGUUUCAGCAACGAGAAGAUGAAAUUUCCGGCGGCGGAGGCGGAGUAUUGAGGAUUAAAGUGGUGGUGUCGCAGAAAGAGUUGAAGCAGAUAUUGAAGGAUAGAGAAAGCAAUUCCUCCACAUUGGAGGAAUUGUUAGCUGAAUUGAAGAUGAAAGGCAGGACAAUUUCAGAUGCUAGAGCCGAUAAUGAGGAGGAUGAAAAUGGAAGCUGGAGACCGGCCUUGGAAAGCAUUCCUGAAGAUCUCCAUUAGUAGUGGUCAAAUCUUUUCAAAAUCUCUCUCUCUAACAAUCUGAAAUAUUAUUGAGGUGUGUUAUUUAAUCACCAAAAUUAUUGUGUGUGUGAUACGAAGAUUGAGUGGUACUACUUUUGAAGUUUAAUGCUUUCGAUUCUGUUCGAAUUACAUGAAAAACAAUAUAUGGUGUAUAUUAAGUCAUUUUUGUAACCGUAACAACAAUUUGAG